CUUCUUGUUAGAAGUUGAAUAACACCUUCAGUAAAUCAGCAGUUCGGUAAAGUUCAUCGUGAAGAAAUCAAAAAAACAAUCGUAAGGUACGAAAAGGGCUGGAAUGAAACGAAACCGAGUGCGAGUAGAGAAGAUCUUAGAUACUGUUCAUCGAAGUAUUGUUUUGGGUUGUGUUGGCUUGACUGUGUAUGGUUUCUACCUCGCAGGUCUCCGAUUCCAUAGAUUCUAUACUGUCCUGAAACCAGCAGGAGAGGAGAGAAAACGUCUCAAGGAACUGGAACUACUCUCUGAGGGCCAAGAUAAAUCAGCCGACAGCCAAGAGUUUUUUCUCCCUGAAAUACCAAAAUUAGACAAAGAAAAGUUUUAGAAAAAAGAAAAAUAUGGCCUCUGUAUGUAACAUGUUAUUUAAAAGGUCUUUUACAUCAAAGUCUGUGCCAGAAGCUCUUUGGAAACUGGGAAGACUCAAUCAUAUCGCCAUAGCAACUCCUGAUUUAGCUAAAUCUGCCUCACUAUACAAAAACAUCUUGGGAGCUGAUAUAUCAGAACCCCAACAUCUUCCUAAUCAUGGAGUCACAACUGUAUUCGUCAACUUGGGAAACACUAAACUAGAGCUCCUUCAUCCUUUAGGAGAAAAAUCACCAAUUCAGGGUUUUCUGGACAAAAACAAGUCUGGAGGUCUUCAUCAUAUCUGCAUUGAAGUUGACAAUAUUCACAACGCUAUGAAAGAGUUAAAAGCUAAAGGUAUCCGCUGUCUGACGGAUGAACCUCGAAUUGGAGCCCAUGAAAAGCCUGUUGUAUUUCUUCAUCCUAAAGACUGUGCCGGAGUUCUUGUCGAAUUGGAACAAUCGUAGGAUACAUCUUCUAGUUUACAAGUAACGAUAUUUUCAUUGCUGGUAAUUUGUUAUGUAAUUGAGCGAUUGGAGCAAUUUAUGUUUCAUCCCAAGUUGUAGAGUAUAAAUGGAAUUAAGGUAA